CGAUGCCAUGGGCAUUCCCGGAUAUGGUACAAGUUCACACCUACAUCGUGUAUACGCAGUUACAUAUCCGUAUGGAGAUGUUCUGGUUUGGGAACCAUAUACCUGUGGGACACAUGCAGCCCCGCGUCUCAUUGACGCCCCUGUCAUUGAAGAUGAAGAAGCAGAAGUGGCUGCAAUUUUCGCUCAAAUCGAGGGAGAUGCUGUCAUGGAAGAUGAUGAAGCAAAUGUGGCUCAAGGCGAUGGAGGUGCCGAUGAAGAUAAUGAUGCUGAUGAAGAAGAAUUAGAAGAAGAAGAAUUAGAAGAAGACGAAUUCGAUGAUGAAGAAUUAGAUGAUGAAGAAUUAGAUGAUGAUGGUGAUAAUCAUAAUUAUGAAGAUGAAGAUGUAUUUCUUGGAUUUUCUGACCAGCGCACUUGGUUCCUGGCACCAAUGAGAGCAGAGUCCAUUACUGGUGAAUCUGAUCUCGCGUGGAUUCAGGUUAAAGGUUAUCGGCCCAUCCUCGGUCCUCCAAUAUUACAUAUGGGUAACAAGCCGAGGUCUUAUCCUUUGAAGAGGCAAGGUGGGAAAGAUUGA